AUGUAUGGCUUUCGAAAGGGGCGAGGGACUCAAGAUGCUUUACAUGUGGAUGUAAAUACUGCCAAACAAGCUCUCACUACCAGACAACGAUCUCUUUUCUGUAUGCUCGAUAUCAAAAGCGCGUACGAUUGUGUGAACAUAAACAAACUAGUCGAUGAGCUCUUAAGGUGGGAGAUUCCUCCACAAAUCGUCAGAGCGGUCUACGAACUGUUUCGUGAAAGGCAUCUGGCAGUCACUUUGGAUGCUUCAACAGUGAUACACAGGACUACGUGGGUUGGACUUCCACAAGGUUCUCCGUUGAGCCCAAUCUGCUUCAACAUUUUCAUCAACAAUGCAAUCCGGACAACCGCUGCUAUUCCUAGACUCAUUGUGGUGAACUAUGCCGACGAUGUUUCGCUCAUUGCAAAGGGAACUGAUAUUGAACAAAUUGGAUCGACUGUUCAAGACGGAAUUUCAUGUUUCUCCAAUCUGAUAGACGAUCUGGGCUUAGCGCUUUCUCCUCAGAAAUGCAAAGCAUUGAUGCAGAUUGCAACAGAUGGAUCCAAGAGCGGAGAGAAUGUCGGAGCAGGAUUAGUGACAAAUUUUGGUAUUCAUCCCACACACUACAAACUACCAAAAGUGGCUUCAGUCUUCAAAGCUGAGUUGUUUGCGCUUCAAUGCGCUCUCGAAAUAAUUUCAACCCAGCCUCAAAGCAAAUAUCUGAUUAUGUCAGAUAGUAAAAGCAGUUUAAUGUACCUACAGAAUAAUAAGGUUGUUAGUGCUAUGGGCGAAAUGUGGUUUCGCAUAAGAAAAUGUAUUGCUAAUCUGUCCGACCUGGGAUACGAAAUUGUUCUGUUGUGGGUUCCAGCAUAUAAAGGAAUUACCUUAAACGAAUCGGCUGAUACGGCUGCGAAAUACGCAGCUGAGCAUGGAACUCUCAACACAGCGGAAUUGUCAAAGUUCGAUUUCUAUUUCCCAUCUAAAAGGAAUGCACUGCAUGAGUGGCAACAUCAGUGGAGUACUGGAAGUAAAGGAAUGAUAUCAUUCCUGAAGUCCAAGAUAAUCCAUGGUUCGUGA